AUGGUAGAAUCUCAUAGAGAAUCGUCGUUAAAUUCUCAAGCUUUCACGUAUUUCUGGCUUCUAUUCCUCCUUAUCUCGGCCUCCACGUGUCACGCGGUGAUCCACUCUGGAGCGCUAAACGAGGACCGUCCGCCUGUCGCUGGUGGAGCAGUAACGGCCGCCACGGGGCUUGCGGACGCAGCCGGUCUACCUGUCGUGGGCUCGAGUAGGAGAUUUCUUUGCGAUAACAACUCCACAGACAGUAACAAGCGUGACAGUACGAAGAAUACCCCCGUCACUAACGCGUCCCAGUCCGAUGGCGGCUCGAAUCGAACAUCAGCGUUCACCGGCAGCAGUGCGGUUCGGAACAGCAAAGACGAGGGGGGAAAUCAGGUAGCGGCAAGGGAGGAGAAAGGCUCGAGCGCACGAGCUGACGGCGAGAGCAAGGGGGAGAACGUGGGGAACGGUACUGAUGCUGGGAAGAGUACCAAGGGCGAGCGUCAUGACAGCAGUCAGAGCGACGGGCGCGAGGAGCGGAAGGAGGAGGAAAGGGAAGAGAAUAACGAGAAGAACGAUGGCGAAGAGAGCGAAAAGAAGGAAACGAGAGGAAAGAGCGACAACGGGAACACACAUGGGAGUAGCCGUGAACGCAAGGAGGACGGCAAAAUCGGAGACGCAACAAAGGGAGGAGAGAAUCGGGAGGAGAGUAAAUCCAGAGAGAGUUUUGGUGGUAAAGAUUCGUCAAAGGAGGGAGAGGAUCACACGAAGUGUAACGACUCAGGUGGUAACUCUUCCGAGGAGUCGUCGACUAGCGGCGGCAGCGGAAGCGGGACAGAUGUUUCGCUGGAGGGUCGGCUAGGCGGCUGGAGUGGCGGGGCGGGCGGCAAUGAGAAACUGUCGUCGUCGCUCGUUGCGCUACUAGCCGACGCGCUUAUUAGACUGACCGCGAGUGCUCGAAUCCGAAUCGACGGCCAAGGACUGGUUGAAGCAGUCGAUCAAGAAGAGAUUCUUCACGCUGCAAGUGGCGCCGCACAGGGUGCUGCGACUGGUGGUGGUGACGUGAAGGAUGGUGCAGUCAUGAGGGAUGCUCAGCGUGGUGCAAUCGGCACAGCGCCUCUUGAUGCUGAACAGCAUCGUGUCGCAAGCAGCGCAGCACUGGGUGCUGCAAGUGAGCACAGAGAGCUUGCUCAGGACCACGAGCUCUUGGGCGACCCGCCUGAGGUCCACGCUGGCAGCAGCCCAGUCCACGUAAGCAGCAGCCCAGUCCACGUCAGCAUGGGCAAGCGGCGGAAGGUAGCGGUGGUGGCAGCGGUGGAUGAGGAGACGCGGAGGGGCAUGGAGGCGUGGAUGCAGGAUCAGGUGAAACGCGCUGUGAUUCGUGGAUUGAAGCAGCUCCGGCAGAAGCUUCUGGAAGAUGUGGACAAGCUAGGUCAUGAAGCCUGA